GCCUCCAGCCAUCUUAUUUCCGGUUUCGUGCGUCCAUUUGCCGGGUUGGAGGUCUUGGACGCUGAGGUAGCUCUUGUCGUUGGGAAGUGUAGUAUGAUUUCCCGCAGUCACAUUUGAACAUCAAUCUCUUUAUUUGAGUAACCGUCUUUGAAAAUGGGCGAAGAAAAUAAAGGCGAGAGAGACAGGGACAAAGACAGAGAUAGAGAUAAGGAUAGACGAAGAAGAUCAAGAUCUAGAGAGCACCGAAAGAGGUCCCGAUCAAGAAGCCGUGGUAGACGGUCUCGUAGCAGAGAUAAACGUGACAGGGAUAGACGGAGCAGGUCACCCAGCAAAAAAGAGAAACGAUCAAGACGGAGGAAACCAUCUUUAUAUUGGGAUGUACCUCCACCAGGCUUUGAGCACAUUACACCCCUCCAAUACAAGGCGAUGCAAGCUGCUGGCCAGAUUCCAGCUAAUAUAGUAGCUGACACACCUCAAGCAGCAGUGCCUGUGGUUGGUUCAACAAUUACUCGCCAAGCUCGUCGUCUGUAUGUUGGCAAUAUUCCAUUUGGGGUCACUGAGGAAGAAAUGAUGGAAUUUUUUAACCAGCAGAUGCACCUUUCUGGUCUUGCUCAAGCAGCAGGAAAUCCAGUUUUAGCUUGUCAGAUUAACUUGGACAAGAAUUUUGCAUUUCUAGAGUUUCGGUCAAUAGAUGAGACCACACAGGCAAUGGCCUUUGAUGGAAUAAAUUUCAAAGGUCAAAGUUUAAAGAUUAGAAGGCCCCAUGACUACCAACCAAUGCCAGGGAUGUCAGAGAAUCCAUCAGUUAACGUUCCUGCAGGCGUGAUUAGCACGGUAGUCCCGGAUUCACCGCACAAGAUCUUCAUUGGUGGCCUUCCCAAUUACUUAAAUGAGGAUCAGGUUAAAGAGUUACUUAUGUCCUUUGGACAGUUACGUGCUUUCAACCUUGUGAAGGACUCAGCCACAGGGUUAAGCAAAGGCUAUGCCUUUUGUGAAUAUGCUGAUGUGACAAUGACUGACCAGGCUAUAGCUGGACUAAAUGGCAUGCAGUUAGGUGAUAAGAAAUUGAUUGUGCAACGAGCAAGUGUAGGUGCAAAGAAUGCGCAGAUAGGACAGCAAGCCCCUGUUCAAAUCCAAGUUCCAGGUUUGACAAUGGUAGGAGGUGCUGGACCUGCUACCGAAGUCCUCUGUCUGCUCAAUAUGGUCACUCCAGAAGAACUUCGGGAUGAGGAAGAGUAUGAAGAUAUUCUUGAGGAUAUAAAAGAAGAGUGUAACAAAUAUGGAGUUGUGAGAUCGGUGGAAAUUCCAAGGCCUAUUGAAGGUGUAGAUGUACCAGGAUGUGGAAAGGUUUUUGUGGAAUUCAAUUCAAUUAUAGAUUGUCAGAAGGCCCAGCAGUCACUGACUGGCCGAAAGUUCAACAACCGUGUUGUGGUGACGUCUUACUUUGACCCAGAUAAAUAUCAUCGCAGAGAAUUUUAAUGUAAACAAAACUAAAUAGCCUCUCUUGAUGUGUAUGGCAUUGGCUAGAAUGUCCACACGGAAUAUGGACAGCCACUGCACUUGGCUAAUCAUACUUGGCUGCUGAAGCAUAGUAUCAUGUUCUGUAACCAUUACUAUCAGAACUUUUUAAAGGGCAGCCUUGAUUUGAUAUGGGGAAGUUGCAGUUAUUUUUUGAAAUCUGAGACAUGUACACCAGUAUUUCAUUUUUGCGCAUCUUCAGUUAAGACUAUAUGCUAAAAUGAAAUCAUUUUGUUCUUAAUUUAGUAAGAACUGUCUGGCCUGCAUUUUUUGUUACUUUCCCUUGUGUAAAUAAAGAGUAAUUUACCACCUCA